GAAAGUGAGACAGAGAGACAGAGCAGGAGUCAGGCUGAAGAGGAGGAGGGAGGCUGAGAAAGAAAGAGAGAGGAGAACAGAGAGGCAGGCUUUGCCUUUUCUGGUAGUUGAAGUUGCUGAAAGAACAAACACGAAUUCUUCGUGCUGCAGAAGGGCUGAGAUAUAAACCAGACUGUAGAGGUUGACAUACGAAGAGAGGGGAGACACCGCUGUCCAUGGACUAAACUUGAGCUACUGCUGAGUGAGAAAGCGAGGUAAUCUUUUGGGCAUCAUGGACGAUGACUUUGACCGCCGCAUGGAGCUGAGGAGGCAGAGAAGAGAGCAGAUGCGCCUCGACACUGACAAAAUGGCUUACACCAACGAUGAUGAGGAUGAGGAAGCUCGGGAGCAGAGGAGACGAGCGAGGGAGGAGCGGAAGAAGAUGAGGGACUCAGACGAGUCUGGAACCACUGAUGUGAUCGACACGAACAGUGGAACUGAGUCCUCCACCACAACCGGUGUUGAAGGUGCAGAUGAUGACCAGGCUCUGCUGGAGCGCCUGGCCAAGAGGGAGGAGCGCCGGCAGAGGAGAAUGAUGGAAGCAAUGGAGAGACAGAAGGAGUUUGACCCCACCGUCAGCAUAACCAACGGCACAGACAGCACACUGGAAGAGCAGCCAUCCAACACCAGCGGCAGACAGCGACAUACAGAGGAAGAGGAGGAGAAACCAGCUGAAGAGGAGGUGGUGGACAAUGGUACCAACUCUUGGAGAAAAGAGGAAGAGGACAAGGAAUUUGUUGAGGAAUCAAGAACCUCAAGCACAAGAAAUGAGGAGGAGAUUGAGGAGAAGGCUGCAGCUGAAGAAGAAGAGGUGGAGCAGUCCAAUUUGGAAAAGAAAGAUGCUGAAGAGGAAGCUGCUCCUGGUGUUGACAAGGAGGAAGAAGAAAAGAAAAGGGAAGAGGCAAGGCAGCAGAAAGAAAUGGAAGAAAAGCUGAGGAUAGAAGAGGAACAAAGGCAAAAAAGGGAAAAGGAGGAAAAACUCAAGAAAGAGGAAGAAGAAAGGCAGCUGAAGGAAGAGGAGGAAAGGAAGAAGAGGGGAGAAGAGGAAAAACGACAAAAGGAAAUGGAAGAGAGGCUGGAGGCUGAAGAGAAGAAGAAAAAAGAGGAAGAGGACAAGCGCAAAAAGAGAGAGAUGGAAGAGAAGAAGAAAAAAGAGGAGGAGGAGAAGCCCAAGAGAUUUGGCUUUAAGGAAAAGAAUGAACCAGCCAAACAGAACGUAGGGCUCUUUGAAAAUAAACUCAAGAAAACAGAGAAGACACCAAGGGACAAUGUUCCCUCUCCCAAGGCAGACGACGUGGAGCGACUGGAGGCCGAGCGUAAGCUGCAGGAGCUGAAGCGUCGGCGGAACAAUGCGGACAGCGAGGAUUUUGAGAAGAUGAAGCAGAAGCAGCAGGACGCAGAGGCUGAGCUGGAGGAGCUAAAGAGGAAGAGAGAAGAGAGGAGGAAGGUCAUGGAGGAGGAGGAGAAGCAGAAGAAACAGGAGCUGGAGGACAAGAAAGCCAAAGAACAGGAGGAAAGGAAGAGGAUGAAGGAGGAAAUAGAGAAGAGGAGGGCUGAGGCUGCAGAGAAGAAGAAACAGAAGGAGGAAGAGUCUGCAAAGCCUGUCUUUGCCAUCAGUCCCAAAGGCUCCUCAAAGAUCGGGGCGAAGGCAGAAUUCUUGAGCAAAUCAGCCCAGAAAAGCACAACAGCCAGAGUUUCUCACACUCCAAUUGUCUCCAAGAUAGGCAACAGAAUGGAGCAGUACACCUCUGCCAUCCAGGGAAACAAAGAUGUUAAAUCCCCAAAGUCUCCGAUGGCGGAUAUUCCCACAGGAGGAGCACGCAGCAUCAAGAGCAUGUGGGAGAAAGGAAACGUCGGCAACGCCUCUGAAAGUCCAGCUCCUGCCAACAAGGAUUUGGCUGGUAUCAAAGGAGGUACAGCCGGACGUGUCAACAGUUGGAUGGCAAAGCCUCCAGAGGUGGAGAAGCCAGCUGCCCCUGCAGCAGCCCCGGCAGCACCAGCAACCGCAACAGCCGCAGCAAAGCCAGCAGAUGUGAAACCAGGUGAUAUUGGUAACAAGCGCGGCCUGUGGGAAACCAAGAAGAGCUCUGCGCCUGCCAAGGUGGCUGUUGGAGUCAAGAGCAAGUUUUUCACUAAUGCAGAUGUGAGACCCUAACUUCCCCAUCUAAAUUACGUCUCACCUGACCAAAUACAAGGAUCUACUACUUUACGUGCAUCCAUUUCCCUUCAACGUAUCCGUAUUUCGCAUGAAGUUCAAACCGGAGUGGGAAAAAAAAACGAGGGACCAGGAAGAUUGACUCCAGCAUUAAAGUCUCCAGAGAUCUUUCCUCAGUUUCUUCCUCAAUAGUUAAAAAAAUAUCGAUGUAAGGGUUUUCACAACAAAGUACCAAAUGUUUAUGGUUUAAUAGGUAUGAUGGAUUGUAUCCAACUGUUUAAUCAGAAAACAAAGUAACCCAUUUCCAAUGGCCGUCAUAUGUCUAAAUGUUAAAUUGCUUUCAAGCCACACUGACAUGUCUGCUUUUAUUGUUAUGUAUUGUCUAAUAGCUUACACCCAAUAGUAAGCA